AUGGAGGCUCUCCCCAAGGACCUGGAGGUCAACGAGAAGUCUCCAGAAUCCAAGGACCUGCUGCCCAGCCAGACUGCCAGCUCCCUGUGCAUCAGCUCCAGAAGUGAGUCUGUCUGGACCACCACCCCCCGGAGUAACUGGGAGAUCUACCGCAAGCCCAUCGUCAUCAUGUCCGUGGGCGGUGCAAUCCUCCUGUUCGGUGUGGUCAUCACCUGCUUGGCCUACACCCUGAACCUGGGUGACAAGAGCCUCAAGGUCCUUAAGAUGAUAGGGCCCGCCUUCCUGUCUCUGGGACUCAUGAUGCUGGUAUGCGGGCUGGUGUGGGUGCCCAUCAUCAAAAAGAAACAGAAGCAGAGACAGAAGUCAGUUUUCUUCCAGAGCCUCAAGUCCUUCUUCCUGAAUCGCUGA